AUGGUAUUCGAGUUGGCUCAUCAAGGAUCCAUAACACGGUUUUAUCCUAUGUCAGGCGCUUAUGAGGAAGUGGCGCCCUCGCUCAUCACCGUAAUCCCUCACGCUGACACGCCUCCGCUUUACAACGUGAAACCGGCACUAACCCCUUUCCACAAUCUCGUUCUGACCAAUGUCAGCGAGUGUCUGCCUCAACUACAGUUUAGCGAACUGUGGGCAGCAGUGGAAGGAUCUCAAGCAGCAUUAGAUGCCCAUUUGGAUGCUCAUCCGUCGGACACUCAA